GUCGGAAUUUCUAUCACGUGACCAAACACACAUACCUAAGAAUGAGUGCAUACUGCAGAGUAAUUGUGCGUGGAAUCAGAGUGGCGAUUAACAAAGGAUUUUUAUGAAGUUUAGGAAUCCAGUAUAGGUACGGUAGCUCAUAUUCAUCCGACCCAUUGACUGGGAUAUUAGAUUUGUGUAAAACUGAAGCAAGGUUUUCAAGAAUUUCAUCUUUUGAAAGGACAGUUGGAGUAUACAUGAAUUGUGGUUGCAAUGGGCGGCACGAGGAAUAUUGUGUUAUGGGGCAUACUGGCAAGUUUCAUUGUGACAGUUUUGGGCAUGCCUACACCAUCUCCAAGGCGAAACGUUCUGACAAAUUUCAUGAUUCGCAAACCGAAGAGUACGAUGCCUUUCGACAUGUCCGGUCCCUCGGUGUCGCAGCUUACACAGGCCCAUUUCGAACCAUAUCUCCACGAAGCCUCCAAAAAACACGCAAAAUCCUCCAAAGCAGUGGUUGAUCAGGUAAAGCAGGGCCAGCAUCCAAAUCAACUUUACGAUCCUGAACCUGUCGCUUCGAAUGUCGUGUACCGACCCGAGGUCCCGACAGGAAAUGCUGUAGAGCCUCAAUACCAACCAGAGAUUAAUCCGCCUUAUCAACCGGAAGUUCAACAAUCUGAGGUCCAAGGUGGAAAUGUUAUGGAACCACCAUACCAACAACAGGUUAACCCGCCUUAUCAACCGGAAGCUCAACAACCUGAGGUUCCAGUAGGAGGUGCUAUGGAACCAACAUACCAACCAGAGAUUAAUCCGCCUUAUCAACCGGAAGCUCAACAACCUGAGGUCCAAGGUGGAAAUGUUAUGGAACCACCAUACCAACAACAGGUUAAUCCGCCUUAUCAACCGGAAGCUCAACAACCUGAGGUUCCAGUAGGAGGUGCUAUGGAACCAUCAUACCAACCAGAAAUUAAUCCGCCUUAUCAACCGGAAGCUCAACAACCUGAGGUCGCAGGUGGAAAUGUUAUGGAACAACCAUACCAACCAGAGCCUAAUCCACCCUCUCAGCCAAACGAUCUUGUCAGUAAUCAAUAUCUAGAACCACAAAGUAAUUAUCCAGUGUCUCAAAUGAAUGGAGCACAAAGCAAUUCUGGGUCAGUCAUUCAUUCAGAACCACCUGCAGCUAACCCAUUCGAAGUGAAGCUGAAGGUAUCUCCAGUCGAACCCACUAAUAACAAACCAGAUCCAAAUUUUAACCCAUUUGAACAGACAGGUCCACAACCCGCUGAUCAAUUUUUACAUCAACAAUCGGGUCCUGCCGAAUCUCAAAUUAAAGUUAAGGAAGUCUCGGUUCCAGAGGCAUCUGCACCUGAUCCAACUAACCAGCAAGUAGCAAAGACAUACAAUGCUGGACCAGAAAUAUCAACUCCGCCAUCAACAUCUCCGGAGGUAAAGGCUGCACCGGCCAAAGCCAAAGCCAAAACAGCCGUGAGCCUCUCAAAUACCGCGCCUACCGAUCCAUCAGUACCAAAAACCAAUAAUGCUAAUAUUGUUCCAAAAGCCAAGCCUUCUACAAUUAAAGCGCCCACGACUAAAAAACCUUUACCUAAAAAACCAUUAUCACGAGCGGAGAAGAAAAGACUUGAAAAACUAGAACGUAAGAGGGCACGCCAGGCGAAAAAAGCGGCAAGGGCUGCAGCUAAAAAAGCAAAGAAACUGAAAGCAAAGCAACGACGACUAGCAAAGAAAAGGGCUAGAGAGGCUCGUAGAAAAGCGAAACAAUCCAAAAAGUCGAGAAAAUCGAGGAAGUCAAGGAAGUCGAGGAAGACCAAUAAAAGGUCAAAUAAAAAGAAGGUAUAAACAUGUAAACGUGGAACUUAAACGAUUCCGGAUAAUAUACCGUACAGUUUUAAUUCAAGACAUACAUGAAAGAAAAUAAAAUUUAUACCAUUGUUACACCAACAAACCAAAUAAUGGGAUAUUGAAAAUGGGGCGUUGCUGUUAAAAAUGAAAAAUCCUGACAUGGCGGGAAGCAGUAGCCUUUAGAGAUUUGGAACUGGAGCGUACCAAUACCAGUGACAUUUACAUCAUAAACUUGGAUUAUUUGGCAAAUCUACUAAUUUCUACGUGUUGGACAAGCUUUCAAUAUACAUGGAUUUAAUUUCGAUUUGAAGUUCAAGUUCUAUUAUUUUCUCGCCAUCAAGAAACGUUUCACCACAAUUUGUGUACAUGUCUAUAAUAAUAAUCAUGCUUAAUUAUUCCAUUUCCGUCUUAAAUGUCUGUAGUAUUGCAAUGCUCUUCAGUAGAGCUUUUCAAGUUUUAUCUGUACGUCGUUUGCAACUUUAACAAUAGAAAUGCCAGAAUAGAAUUUUACUUCUAGAAAAUUUUGUCUUAUGACAUCGAUGCCGUAGUAUAAAAGUUAAAUAUGUUUACCAUACUUUCGUGACAUUAUUUCACAUUGCGUUGAAUGUUUCAGUUAGUGCUUUUUUCUUUUACUGUUGUGUUGAAUAAAUUAUUUAUCAUUAA